AAGACAGUCAUGAUGCUACAUGACGAGGCUGAUAUCGCAUAGCUGCUCCAUCAAAUCUAUCUCGUAAUAGUAGGCUGUCCAUGUUGAGAGAAUGAAAAAUAAAUAAACCCUCGGUUAUACAGGAUUCUUCAGUUGCCUGGGUAGCAUUUUGACCAGAGAAUCCUCCUCUUGAACACAACAUCAUCAUAGAAUCUACAGAGUUGGUAACAAAGCACUACCACUCCAAAAAUGGCAGAAAUUGAGGAAGCAAUUGAAAUUGCUGAAGAAUGCGUUGAAGGUGCUGAAGAAGAAGCUGAAGGAAUGUCAGAAGAAAUAAAAGAGGAAAUAGAAGCUGAAGUGGCUGAAGCCAGGAGCGAGGUUGCAGAGUUUUCCAAAGUUGCUGAGGCUUUAAAAACCCUCGCUCACCUUGCCGAAACAUAUAUACCGAAGAUAGCAAAAUUUAUCUUGAAAAAUGCAGCUAUUGGUGCUAUUCUUUGGGGAGUAAAUGUGGCUCUCAACAAAAUAUUCAUCCAACAUCCCGAACAACGUGCAGAUGUGGAGAAGAAACGUGCUGCCAUUAAAGCACUCACCACUGUGAUCAAGACUGAAACUGACCUGGGUAAGAAGACCUUGGAGUGGAUGAAGGAGCACCAAGAUGACCAAAUUACCCUGGAAGGGUUUGAAGUGCCACUGGAAUCGGUGAUUGCAAAAUAUAUCACACCGAUAUCUGAGGCUGUUGAUAGUGCCUUCAAGAUAGCAAAAAACCUGCAGCAAAAGUUGGAUGGAAAAGUUCAGUGCAAUAUCCCAACUGGAGAAGACAUGAGAGAAUUGCUGACAACUGGGGAUGCAUUUCUCAAGGGCUUCAAUGACCUGGUUGCCUUCAUCUCUGAAAAUGUGCAGAAGAUUAAACAGCUGGCAACCUUUCCAGUGAAACAGGCAGACAUCGACCUUCUUACAACUCAGCUGAAAGCUGCCAAGGACUUACCUUUGUGGUAAAGAAAUGAGAUGCCUUGAUUUGUGAAUACAUGAGAAAAGAGUCAGAAAGGUUGGCUUUCUCCAUAUGAUUUGAAAACUAGCAAUGACUGUGCAGCUUUGUAUCUCUGGUUUGUGACUGGUAAAAAUGCAGUGACAAUCUUUAAGGACAGGGGAGUUUUAAAUGUUUCAGACCUGUGUUUAAAGCAGAUAUAUAAUAUUUAACUCUUGCAGCCAUCUUUUAUUCUUCUCUUCAAUCCUUUUUUCCUCUUUAUGCAUAAUUUAUGUUACACAUGGCAAAAAUCUGUGAAAUAAAUGUAAAUGUGCUGGAAACCUGUUGCCAGGGCUUUGUUUCAUCAUGAAAAAUUAAAUCUUUUCAUUAUCAAUGAGUCCACAAUAAAAAGCAGACAUUUUCUAUAUUUUAUUGGUCAAUCUAUGCCCAUAUCAAGAUAUAGUGCUACUGAUAACUAUGGAUUAGAACAGGCAGAGCUGUAUAAUGAUAUAUUAUGGUCAUGUGUUAUAACACUGCAGCACGUGUUAUCUCAUGUCAUGUUAAUCAGUUUUAUGUUAAUGUAUUCAUUUUUGCUUUUAAAGUUUUGGAACGGGAAUGAAAAUGUCUUGGAAGUGGGUCUGUAUUAUCACUGCUGCCGUGCUUGAGGCGUCAUUAAUUAAACACUGCUGUUGCUCUCUC